ACAGAGGAGAGGGGAGGUUGUGAAAUUUGGUUUAAAUUCCACGGCAUUACACAGCUUCGAUUCGGUAGGAUGUCAAGGGAAGUUGACUACUAUAUUCUUCCAACAGACACCGGGUCUGGGGACUAUGGAGAUUAUGACAGUACCAGCACCACAGAACCUGACAUCGGGUUUUGUGACAAAAGCUCUGUCCGGACAUUCCGCAAGUACUACGAACCUCUGCUAUACUGGCUGAUCUUCUGCGUGGGUGCGGUGGGCAAUCUGGUAGUCAUUUGGAUCUACGUUAAUGUCCGCAACCGCCUGAAAACCAUGACAGAUGUGUACCUCUUUAAUCUGGCUUUGGCCGACCUCCUCUUCCUGGGGACACUGCCAUUCUGGGCUACUGACGCCAACAGUGGCUGGACCUUUGGCUUAGCCACGUGCAAGAUGGUGUCAGCUGUUUACAAGAUCAACUUCUUCAGUAGCAUGCUGCUGCUCACCUGCAUCAGCGUGGACCGCUACAUUGCCAUUGUGCAGGCCACCAAAGCCCAGAACUUCAAGAACAAGCGGCUUUUCUACAGCAAGCUGGUAUGUGUGGCCAUCUGGCUGCUGUCUGGCCUAUUAUCCCUUCCCGAGUUUCUUUUCGCGCAGGUGAAGACCGAUGCCAGGGACAGAUCCUCCUGUUCCAUGGUUUACUGGAACAACGAUUACAACCGCACCAAGAUCCUGGUGCUAUCCCUGCAGAUCUCCAUGGGUUUCUGUCUGCCCUUUUUGGUCAUGCUCUACUGCUACACUGUCAUCAUCCACACAUUGCUUCAGGCCAGGAACUUUGAGAAGCACAAGGCACUGCGGGUGAUCUUUGCCGUGGUGGCAGUGUUUGUCCUCUCCCAGCUUCCAUACAAUAGCCUGCUGGUGGUGGAGGCCACACAAGCGACAAACAUCACCAUCACUGACUGCAAGGUGGUUCGCCACUUCGACAUCGCCACCCAGGUGAUGAAAAGCUUGGCCUACACCCACAGCUGCCUCAACCCUGUCCUCUAUGUCUUCAUCGGCGUGCGCUUCCGUAGGGACCUGCUGAGGAUUUUGCGGGCCUGUGCCUGUGGUCUGGGCCAGGGCAUUCUCAGCAAGCAGAACAGUGCCCCCAAACGCCCGUCUGUAAUGUCCGACACCGAGAUACUCUCCCUGUAAUUCCCUCCACAGUCCUGCAGCAUUACAGCAUUAUUUCUGCUCUGCUCUGCAGACCAAACCUUUAUAACAUGAUAAUGUUGACCUUGAUAUAAUUCUUUUCAGCUCCAGGGACCACAGUGAGUGCAAAAAUAUGUUUGCGGUUGCACAUAACCACCAAAUGUGUGCGAACUCACGCUGAGCAUUAUUACAGCAGCUACGCACAAUAUAAACAGGAACUGGAGAGCUAAGAUUUCAACCAGGGCUGCCACCAUGGGGUUGAUCCUAUCACUGCCCUCAACACGUGGCCCUCAUUUCUAAUCAAUUAAAAAGGCAAUUAAACAGGCACUUCGCAUUUCUCAUGAAACCUGCUUUGGACAGAGGAAAGGGCUGUGCUGAUUUGUCCAUGUUGGGUGUUGUAUGGAGAGACUGCU